CAGGGCUGUGGGGCUGGACUGUCCCCCCCAGCAGGGCUGUGGGGCUGCAGGGUUGGAUUGCCCCCAGCAGAUCCCUGGGGUUGGACUGUCCCCAGAAGAUCCCUGGGGCUGGACUGUCCCAGCAGGUCCCUGGGGUUGGACUGUCCCCAGCAGGUCCCUGGGGCUGCAGGGUUGGACUCUCCCAGCAGGUCCUGGGGCUGCAGGGCUGCAGGGUUGGACUCUCCCAGCAGGUCCUGGGGGCUGCAGGGUUGCAGGGUUGGACUCUCCCAGCAGGUCCCGGGGGCUGCAGGGUUGCAGGGUUGGACUCUCCCAGCAGGUCUCCCAGCAGGUCCCGGGGGCUGCGGGCGCUGCCCGGGGCUCUGGGCAGGGCAGGGCAGGGCAGUGCAGCCCCCGCGCUGUCUGUCUGUCUGUCUGUCUGUCUGUCCCAUGGCUCAGGGCCCUGCCAGUUGGCACGCCCGGGCCAGGAAGCUGUCAGUUCCAAUCAGGGCCCGGCCCUGCAGCCCUAUUAAAGAAGUCUUGCUGGUUAAGGGGCGGCCACUGUUUCCAAAGCAUGGGAAGAGAAAAAAAAAAAAAGGAAAGAAAGAAAGAGAAAAAAAAAAGGAAAAAAAAGGGCUCUGCUUUCCUUAGAUUCGAGCUGGCAACUUUCACUGACUGGAGUUUUCAAGGAGCUAUGAAUGAGCCUAACAAAGGAGUUCUGUGGCCAGUUUCUGGCUGAAAUCCAUGUCAACAGUUUUUAAGGUCACAGGUCACACUAACUAACAUUUAUUCCCAGCAGACCCUGCUCUAAACACAAGCUGUAAGUAGUACAAAUUUGGAAUUUUUCUGUAAUCCCUUGAGAUAUUCCUGAUCCUUCCACAUGUUUCUGCUCAAUUAAAAACAAUUCUCACUUUGCACCACAAGAGAGGCCCCUGCUCAGAAAUCUUAUUCUGUCCUAAGAAUAAAUGGACAAAGACUGCAAUCAAAGGGAAGGAAAGGGGGGAGGAGAGGAACUCACAACAAAUCACACCAAAAACCUCAAAUAACUCCAUACAGAAUCACAUUCAGUUAGUUACAUUUUCUGCCAUCUGUCACAAACUAUUACGGAUUCAUUUCUUUUUAUCUUAGAAAAAGAGUGGUGCAGAGCUCAGCUAUUUUGGCCGAGAGGGAUUUCCACACAAAUGUUUCUGCAUUUCACUUCAAAAGAAUGAUUUCAGUUUGCGUACAAAACCUGAAUAACCCAACAAAAACUUCAAAUUCAGUAAAACUGAAAUCACAGUUGCAAACACGGGACCUCUGCAAACCAGUAACUUUGCCCAGAAAGUUUGUGAACCAAAGCAAAAUUACACAAACUUGGGUUUUCUUUUGUUUUCUUUUCAAAUAAAAGACCAGAGCUCUUCAUGUAAUCCAGAACUAUCUACACUGUUCUCCCUCCAAAGGCCACGUGAAAUCUGAUGCGAAAUUAGAGAGAAACAAUAAAAAUUCAGCCUCUUAAUGUAUAGUUAUUAGGAUUUAUCCCACUGCAGCUGAAAUCCUGAAAUCCUUAAAUAAAGUCUUAGAAAGAAAAAAACAUUUGGGUGUGAAAUUCCUAAAUUGGAACACAGAAUUUGAUGACUGGACAUCAGCUCUUAUCCGAUUGUAAAGAAAAUGAGUCAAAAGCAUAUUUUAAGUUUUGUACCAUAUUUCCAUAUUGAAAAAGGUAGUCUGGAAUUGCAAUUUUCCUGGGACAUGUGGGUGUGUGCCACGAGAACUCACCUGGGCUCAGACCCCAAACCCUCUGGGGUCUGUUCUUACCUGGGCUCACCCCAAACCCAGCGGGGUCCGCUCUCACCUGGGCUCACCCCAAACCCAGCGGGGUCUGCUCUCACCUGUUCCUCACCCCAAACCCAGCGGGGUCUGCUCUCACCUGUUCCUCACCCCAAACCCAGCGGGGUCUGCUCUCACCCCAAACCCAGCGGGGUCUGCUCUCACCUGUUCCUCACCCCAAACCCAGCGGGGUCCGCUCUCACCUGUUCCUCACCCCAAACCCAGCGGGGUCUGCUCUCACCUGUUCCUCACCCCAAACCCAGCGGGGUCUGCUCUCACCUGUUCCUCACCCCAAACCCAGCGGGGUCCGCUCUCACCUGUUCCUCACCCCAAACCCAGCGGGGUCUGCUCUCACCCCAAACCCAGCGGGGUCUGCUCUCACCUGUUCCUCACCCCAAACCCAGCGGGGUCUGCUCUCACCUGUUCCUCACCCCAAACCCAGCGGGGUCUGCUCUCACCUGUUCCUCACCCCAAACCCAGCGGGGUCCGCUCUCACCUGGGCUCACCCCAAACCCAGCGGGGUCUGCUCUCACCUGUUCCUCACCCCAAACCCAGCGGGGUCCGCUCUCACCUGUUCCUCACCCCAAACCCAGCGGGGUCUGCUCUCACCUGUUCCUCACCCCAAACCCAGCGGGGUCUGCUCUCACCUGGGCUCACCCCAAACCCAGCGGGGUCCGCUCUCACCUGUUCCUCACCCCAAACCCAGCAGGGUCCGCUCUCACCUGUUCCUCACCCCAAACCCAGCGGGGUCUGCUCUCACCUGGGCUCACCCCAAACCCAGCGGGGUCUGCUCUCACCUGGGCUCACCCCAAACCCAGCGGGGUCCGCUCUCACCUGUUCCUCACCCCAAACCCAGCGGGGUCUGCUCUCACCUGUUCCUCACCCCAAACCCAGCGGGGUCCGCUCUCACCUGGGCCGUACCUGCGCCCCCGCGCGCCCUCUGCUGGCGCCGCCGCCGCAGCGCAGCCGCUCGGGGUCACCCCGGCCGGGCCCCGCGGCUCCACCGGAGCGACAAGAGCGGGGCAGGGAUGAGGAGCCGAGGAGGAGGGACAGGUUCCACACCGAACAGCGUGUCUCUACAGUGAAAACACCACAGAACACCCGGAAAAGCAGGUUUCCAAGUUAUCAGAGAGUUCAUCAAUCUGUGUGAGCUACUGCAGCAGGAAAACGCUGAGGUAAGUACCUCAAAAGCAGGUUUCUAAGCAGUAUUGGUUAAAGCAGUCCAAGCAGUUCCCUGCCAAAUGGAAUUGCCUCUCUGCUGGCCACAGGAUAACCCCACUGCUACUGAACUCCAAGAGGCGCCUCGCUGUGCUCUGCAUCCACAGGGAAAAGCCUCUGGGUCGCUUCAAAGCUCAAGUCCAGACCCUGACUUCUGGCCCUAGGGUACUUUGCUUCCAGAACAUUGCAGAAAUUUUUUCAAGCAUUCUCUGAGUGAAAAGAAUUUCUUUUUUCUGCUGUUUCUCUUCAAUAACCAAUCUAAACAUGUGAUGAUUUUUCACCUCCAAACCAUUUUACCAUGGCCAGACCCAUAAACUCCCUGCUAAGCCUGUGAAUAACAUCUCUAGUAAUAAACACCAUCACUUAGUUCUUACUGUUGCUGAGCAUAGCAAGGAAUACUUGAAGCUUGCUGCCAACCAAUCUGUAAUUUAAAAACAAUUAAACAAACGUUCUUUUCAUCCCCAUUUGCUUUUACUUAUCGUUCUCACAUUUUCCAGCAUGUUUCCCUCCCCCCAUUUACCAUGCACCAUCCUUGAGUACAUAAAGGACACUGAGAAGAUUCCCAUCAAUAAUAGGAGCUGCAGUCCUGGGAAUAGAGGAAGUGAUUUCAUGUAUUGCUGAUUUACACUCUUUAUUAUCCUCUAAAACUUGCAUGAGCUUGCAUUAAAGAUGAGCUUUCUUUUUCUCAUCAGUGCACAGGAGAAGCAACAGGAAGGAAGAGAAGAGUCCCAAUUCAUCCACUGUGGUUGGGUUUUUUUGGUUAUGAGUUGAAGCAGAAGGCUUUUAACUACAACAGAACUCCUCCAUUUCUUCUUGGCACUCACUCAACAUAAGGGAGCUGACAGCAAAGAACUCUUAUCCAGGAGGGAUCAAGAAGGGACCCAGACUAUUCCUCAUUCAGAUUUUCUUUUUAAAACUGUGUUUCUCCUUUAAUUUGACAUUGAUCAGGCAAAGUUACCCUCUGCAAGCAGACACUGCCCACAUGAGACUGAGGGAAUCGGCACCCAACUGCACAGGGGAGCAGCUCUGUGGGAAGAGCUGGGAAACACCUUCCUGCCUGCAGGAUCCAGCCCCUGCUGCUGGACUGCCAGAGCUAAUAAUAGCUGAAAUGUCUGCUACAGCACAGACAGAAUGGAGGAAGAUACUGAGCAGACACCUGUCACUCUGCCUCCCACUCAAUUAAUUAGCAAUUUGGGUAGAUGUCACCAUUUCUCCAAACAUGAAGCUCCUAUUCCAUGGCAUUGCUGUGUGCAGCCCCUGCAAGGAGAGGUGACCUUGUAUUUUGCAGUGUCCCCCUGGAAUGCUGCCGAGGGGCACAUCCAGACACACCCAGGGCUCCACCCUCAGGUGCCCCACAUGGGACAAAGAGAAGCUCCUCUGUCCUCACCCUGGCUGUGUCCUGUGCAAAGCCAGCCAGGGAUGGCCCUGGCAGACGUGUCCAGCUGCUCCCAGAGCAGUGUCCUCAUUUGGGAGGCUUCAGCCCCAGCUGUGCUGUCACCUCCCUGGCUGUCCCCAGUCACCUCUGUGCUGGCUUUACCUGGGCUACCGUUCAACUUCCACACACAAAAAGCAGAACGUAGAAGAGAGGCAGUUCUUAGAUGUGUUUAAAACAAGACAGACCAUUUGCCACACGAAAAUCUUCAAUCCAUGAAGUUCUUAAUGGAACUAAAAUAUUGGUAGACAUCAAAAUUGAUUUUACUGGCAUCAUUUCUGAACUGUAUUCCAACAUGGUUAUCAAAAACUACUCUGAUAGAGCCUCUUGGCCCAUUUUCUGUGAAAUGCAUAGUUCCAACUUCCACUGACAGUCUUUAUUAUGCCAAGCUUCACAAAACCCUCAACAGGACAGAAGAAAGCUCACACAUACAAACUGUGGGGCUGUGGAGAGCAUCAGUGACAUCCUCUCAGUUACCAACAGAUGUUUUGUUAAUAAAACUUGCAUGUACAAAUGUCCACAAAAUGUCUUAACAAGAUCAGUUGUGACAGCUAAAGAUAACAGCUGCCAUCAUGCUAUGUCAUAUCAAAUUACUGCAAAGGGACUUUUUUCCAUGUUGUUAACUCCAGAACAUUGACUACAAACAAAUGCAGUUAUCUACAGAGGAACUCCAAGCACAAGGGAUUUUGCACCACUUGUGCAGAAGAACAGUGACUUCGAGGACCAGAUAGGGAAAUCACUCUGAGCAGCUGGAAAUGGUGAUUGCAGUGAACUGCAAAGGCAAACGCUGCUCCUGCAGGCAGCCAGAAGCCAA